ACAAAAUUAUUCAGAUAUGGGUCUGUCAGCGAGAGUGGGUUUAGCUCUUGCUGUGCUUCUUUUAAUCUUGUUCUCCUUAUUGUGGGAGCAAUCUACAUCAACGAUUGUCCUGUGGAGAAAAAGAUUCCAAUAUUUUUAGUGGUGGCCGGUAUAACAGGCAUACUACUUGUGCUGCUGACAUUUCUGCAAAGUUGUUGCUACGACGAAGACAAAGAAUCAGAUCUGAGUUGCUGGCGUGUGUUCAUAAUUGCUAUCAUGAUAUUCUGGUCAGCGUGGCUGAUCACUGGCUCAUUUUGGGUAUAUUCCAACUAUCGUCCAAAGUAUACAAAGACAAACAAAGAUGACCUCAGAAGAUAUUGCAAUGAAAUGUUGUAUAUCUUUUCUUUUUGGGCAAUUAAUUUGGUAUAUAUGUUUUUUGUUAUAUUUCUCAUCGCGGGUGUCUUCCUUUACUUAUGCAUGCCAGAAAUCUGGAGUCAACUUUGGGGGUACUAAAACAUUUUGCUCCUGGCUCUUUAACUUAAUAUCAUUCAUUUAUGCUCAUGGUAUAACUGGUUAUUUUUGUCAAUAAUGAGAUACGAAUUCAUUAUAAAACGUAGAAUUUAUAACAACGCUGUUAUUUCACGCGAGGUAUUCUUCAAAAAAAAAUUGCAAGAAAAUCGUGUA